AAAAAAAAAAACAAGAUUUCCAGUUUGAAGAAGCCAACUCAAAAAAAAAAAAAAAGAAUGCAGAAAAUGGGAGAUGAAAAUCCCAGGGUUAUGUACGGUGUGAUCAUCACCGUGUACGUUGAUCGUCAAACGACGACAGUCCGAUCGUUUCAAGGGAGACGUAAGAAAGAUGAAGGAGAUAGAUUCAUUCAGAGGACGACGAGGAUGCGUGAGAUCGGAAAAACACUUGGCUAUGAUCGGAGAGCUAAUCUGUUAGCGAAUAUUCGUCAGUUGAGAUCGGCGAGUCUUACCGGCGGCGGAGAAAGUGACAACAAGCCUCAACGGCCGAACCCGAAGAAGAAGAAGAAAAGAAGGUGGAUCAGGAAAUUGUUUAGUAAGUUCCGGUUACCAUUUCGCCGGAAAAAUAGAACGUGGAGAUACCGCCAGUUUGAUCCAGAUGAAGAAGAAGGAGAAGUGACGAGCAGAACUAAUCACAAUUCUGAUCUUUGGAACAAACUUAAACAUGUGGUUGGAGGUUUAUCACGCGGCUGCUUACGAAGUAGAAGAGAGUCAGAGACUCGUGAAGACAAAAUAUAAAUCAUCAUGAUAAGAAGUUUUGUCCCAAGUUGGCUGAGAUGUGAGAACAAUUUUUUCCUUUUCACAAAAUCAAUUUAUUGUUCUUCCAGAAUUUGAGGAAGACGAUGAUCAAAUCGAUACAAAGGGAAAUAAAAGAGAAAUUUGAAAAGAGGCAUAAGAGAGACCAUGCCUCAGUGGAGAGUACAACAAUGCAGAAACAAUGAUACAAUUACACAGAAUACAUAAUUUACAUGAAAAAUAAAUAAAAGAAAGGGACGACUGCGAGUUUUUUUUUUUUUUUUCAAUUCCCUGUGUAUGGCUAAUUGGCUAGUCAUGUAAAGCCUUUUUAUACUGCUCCUGCAAUUUUUAAGUCAAAUGUAAUCGUGGAGAGAAAUA